AUGACGACCGCGCAACAUAUGCCUGCCAAGGCUUACAGCGCUGACAAUGUGCAUCACCGACCGAAAGGAAUUCUCAAGAACUCUCGAUCAUUUCAAAACGUUCCCAUCGCUGAAAUGGACAGGCCCGCUGUGCCACCGUCCAUCGCCGAACCUGCCGACACCAAAGACUUGACCCUUCAGAAUACACUGCAAAAUGCUGGCCCGAGACGUCGGUCUUCGGCUUCCCAGACUGGCCAGGCGUCCCGCAGACAGUCCGGGGCUAGCAUGGCUGAUGAUGACAAUUCUCCCCGCUUGAAGUGGGAUGAGGCGAACCUGUAUUUGACGGAGCAGGAGCGCACAGCGAAGAUGAAGAUCGAUGAGCCGAAGACACCGUAUGCCCCGCACUACGACCCCGCCGAAGACGAUGAGGAGAUGCAGUUCGAGGAUGCCAAGAAUGCCUUGCUCGAUGCUCAGGAUAUUGUGGUGGAUGAGCUCGACAAGGGUAAGCCUGCGCACAGGAAGGGCGUCUCGGAGGACGAAAUUCCGGAUUUGGAGCUUGGCGAGCCGGAGGAGGCUCAUGAGGUUGAUAACUCUACCCAAGAUCCGCGUGUUUAUCGCCAACGGAGCAUGAGCAACGAGUCCCAGAAGAGUGAAAAGCAUGUUCACGUAGGUACUGGGGCUAACGGUGAUGCCGUGCCCGGGGAUGAGGGAUCGAUCACGACUGAAGAGGCAAAAGAGAAGCAUCGUAUCUUUGAAAACCAGCGGAAGAGACAUUAUGAGAUGAGGAACAUCAAAGAUCUGCUUGCUCACCCCGAAGAUUUGGAUGAGAUGGAAGAAGACGAGGAUGAGGCCGAGCCUGGUCCCCCUCCCUCUGUUCCACAGAUUCCCGAGCGCUUUCGCAAUGGCCAAUAG